CACUGCAGCCUCUGUCUCCCAGGUUCAGGUAAUUCUCCUGCCUCAGCCUCCUGAAUAGCUGAGACUACAGGUGUGUGCCACCACGCCUGGCUAAUUUUUGUAUUUUUAGUAGAGACGGGGUUUUACCAUGUUGGCCAGACUGGUCUCUAAUUCCUGACCUCAGGUUUCCCGCCUACCUCAGCCUCCCGAAGUGCUAGGAUUACAGGUGUAAGCCCCCAUGCCCAGCCUCUCUUUUUUUUUUUUAAUACAGGGUCUCUGUUCCCUAGACUGGAGGACAGAGGCAUAAACAUGGCUCAUUGCAACCUUGUCCUUCUUGGGCUCAGGUGAUCCUUUCACUUCAGCCUUCCAAGUAGCUGGGACUACAGGUACAUGUUAUCAUGCCUGCCUAAUUCUUCUUUUUUUUUUUUUAAAUAGAGAUAAGGUUUUGCCAUGUUGCCUACCUAUGCUGGUCUCGAAUUCCUGAGUUGAAGUGAUUCACCCACCUGGCCUCCCAAAGUCCUGGGAUUACAGGCCUGAGCCACCACGUCAGGCCAAAACAUUAAUUUCUAAUCACUUUGUUUUUUGCCUUCCUUACCUAUAGACAUUGGAAAAGAAAAUGCUAAAAUUUCCAAGUUCCCUUACAACUACAGAUGGCCAUAUAAAGCACACCAUCUUUUAUAGCACUUAACACUAUCUGAUAUUUCCUGUUUUUUUUUUUUCUUUUUUUUUUUUUUGGUGAAUCGGAGUCUCAUUUUGUCACCCAGGCUAGAGUGCAAUGGCGCCAUCUCAGCUCACUGCAACUUCCGCCUCCCUGGUUCAAGUAAUUCUUCUGCCUCAGUCUCCCGAGUAGCUGGGAUUACAGGGGCCCACCACCACGCCUGGCUAAUUUUUGUAUUUUUAGUAGAGACAGGGUUUCACCAUGUUGGCCAGGCUGGUCUCUUGGCCAGGCUAGUCUUGAACUCUUGAUCUCGUGAUACGCCCGCCUCAGCCUUCCAAAGUGCUGGGAUUGCAGGCGUUAGCCACUGCGUCCGGCGUAUUUCCUUAUCAUAUGUUUGUUUCUCCCUUCAUAAGAGCAGACACAGUCUGUCAUGUCCAUGUUCUGUCCCCAAAGCUGAAGCAAUGGCUGUAACCUGUGGUAUAUACUCAAUAUUUGUUGAAAAAUGAAUGUUUGAGGAUCAUGAUGAUGAAGAAGAAACCUCAGACUACUUGAUCAUAAAUUCUAGCAAUUUCUGCAAGAACAAGGAUUGCAGUUUGAAAUUAGAUGCUGCAAGACUGGAAACCUGAUAAAUUUGGGGCGAAGGCUGAUGGAAGCAGAGGGAAUAUAUUGGAACUUGGGCCUUUUUCUCCCUAUCUAAGGACACCAGAGAUCAUGCAAAGGGGAGGGCUGGAAUCUUUUGGCCAGAAACCACAACGGGUAUUUUCCAUGUAUAAGUAUUCGCAGCCAAGCUGCAAAUGCGCAAACAACUCUACGACCCCAGGUUCCUUUCCGUUUCUUUAUGAAUGAACCGGCUCCAGUCUGCGCACGCGCUGCUCCCAGUUCUCCGGUUCCUAGUGAGGCCCACCCUUGCCUCCUGCUGGCGGCGCCGCCCUUACCCUUUCUAAUGGACCAAUGGCGAGCGGCCUGGGGGGCGGAGCCCGGCGCGGCGCGGCACAGUAGUUCCCUUGGCUCCCGGCUCCCUUGCGUUAGACGUGCUGUGUUGUGAUCACGUGGGCAACUCCGGGCGCGGCGCUUGUUUUGGUUUCCCUCUAACUUGCCCCCUGCAGCUUCGGAGUGAACGACUUUCCUGCUCUGGUUGCCGCGCCUGCCCACACCCUGACCCACUCUUCGGGCUCUCUCAGCCCACAGUUUCGCAAGCCCCUGGGGCGGGCUCCUGCCAUGCCGCUGGUCCGCUAUAGGAAGGUGGUCAUCCUCGGAUACCGCUCUGUAGGGAAGACAUCUCUGGCACAUCAAUUUGUGGAAGGCGAGUUCGUGGAAGGCUACGAUCCUACAGUGGAGAAUACUUACAGCAAGAUAGUGACUCUUGGCAAAGAUGAGUUUCACCUACACCUGGUGGACACAGCAGGGCAGGAUGAGUACAGCAUUCUGCCCUAUUCAUUCAUUAUUGGGGUCCAUGGUUAUGUGCUCGUGUAUUCUGUCACCUCUCUGCAUAGCUUCCAAGUCAUUGAGAGUCUGUACCAAAAGCUACACGAAGGCCAUGGGAAAACCCGGGUGCCAGUGGUUCUAGUUGGGAACAAGGCAGAUCUCUCUCCAGAGAGAGAGGUACAGGCAGUUGAAGGGAAGAAGCUGGCAGAGUCCUGGGGUGCAACAUUUAUGGAGUCAUCUGCUCGAGAGAAUCAGCUGACUCAAGGCAUCUUCACCAAAGUGAUCCAGGAGAUUGCCCGUGUGGAGAAUUCCUAUGGGCAAGAGCGUCACUGCCAUCUCAUGUGAGCCCUCGGGUAUGGGGUAACUGCCUUGUUUCUGCCCCUGGCACUUGACAUGUUCCAGUGGGGGCAGACCCUCAGGACUUCAUGUGUAUGUUUGCCAGCUGUGUUUCUGACCCCGGGGCACACAGUGUGGCAUCUUCAUGUUUGCACACUUUCCCCAGGCUCCAGUGGCCUGGAUGUCAAUGUUUACAAAGGGGCAAGGACAUCUCAUGGACGCUGGCCCUCUAGCCCUCUGUUUUUGCUAGAUUAAUUCUGUUAUAACCUAUGGGCUUAGAAUAUGAGUCCUGGGCAUUAGUUAUCCAGGACCCAUCCUCUUGGGUGGGUUUUGGGUGUUGGUUAGGUAAGGGGAGCUGGGGACUCCUGAAAUAGAGCUGACUCCCUGGGGUGACAAUGUAUACAUGCAAAUAAACUGAGAAAUCUUU